GUACCUAAUACCACUGCUGGCAACGAACAACAAAGACCUCUCAUACCUACAUCCACUUCGAGCGGGCUGCUUAUGCGAAUAGGCUGAUUGGGGGUUAUUCUAUCACACAGCACACUCAUCUCCAAUGGCGGCAGUAACGGCGCCACUGCGCAUACAGGAACAGAGGCAGAAUGUCCAUGAUUCAGCCGACGCAUUCAAGUUAAAUGGCCGAACUGACAGCAGCGAUAGCUCGCGGACCAGCGAUAUCAGUGCUGAAAAGACUAGAAUAAAGGGACAGCCUAUUCGGAAAUCCGCAACCAAAAAGAAAGAUGAAGUUGCCAGUGACUAUGUGGUUGACCGUUCGGUAUCGCCCAAUAGACUCAAGACAUUCCUCAAAGCAUUCAAGCACAUCCGCGACCUCAGUCCACAGCAAGUAGAUGCCUUCAUGGCAUCAUAUGAGAUCUACAACCUGGACUGGGCCGAUGAAGACGCUAUGGUAGCCGCGUUCGGUACUAAUUACCAAGAGCACGUCGGCCAAUGCCUUGCAGCUUAUUACUCGGUGAUCAAUCACCUCUGCAGCCUCGGCGACGUGGAAAAGAUGUAUAUACCACCAUUGAUGGAUAAGAAGGCCUCCGUACGGGAUAACCAGCUGCUUUGCGAAGAAUCGAUUGCCAGGGAGAUUGGCUUGAAACCGGGAAUGAAGGUCCUUGACCUAGGCUGUGGUCGUGGUCGUGUCGCCGCGCAUAUGACGAGCUUUAGCGGAGCGAGAGUAACUGGGCUUAACAUUGACGCCAAUCAAGUCGCACAAGCCAAGGAAUUCAAUCAGAAAUGGAACUUCAGCAACGAAUUCAUAGUCCGCGAUCAAAACGACCUACCUCUCCCCUUUGCGGACGAAUCGUUUGACGCAUUCUACGAGAUCCAAGCGCUUAGUCUCUGCAAAGACCCAAAGGCAUUAUUUAAAGAGAUAUAUCGGAUACUAAAGCCCGGAUCGAGAUUCUUGCUUAUGGACUGGGUCAGCUUACCCGCCUAUGACCCUGAGAACCCUACACAUACCUCCCUCAUGCGACGGGUCAAACCAUUAAUCGGGGCCGUCGGAACACCUACACCAACAAGUUUUGAGAAAGCCCUCGAGGACGCUGGAUUCACUGUGACCCGCUCUGACAACCCUAGCAUCGACGGCUUACAGGCAGGGCUGAUAGAUAAAGUCGACAUAUACUUCCGUUCGGUACGCAAGUUGAUCAACUACUUGACAAAACUGCGCGCCCUGCCACAGCACUUCAAGAUUCUAUUUGAUAGACUAUGUCUAGACGGACAAGCAUUCGUGGAAAUGGACACUAUGCGCCUCAUCACGACGACAUACCGAAUCGUCGCCGAGAAGCCCUUAAUAGCCCAGUCUUGAUACUUAUCUAAGAGCGGAUGAUGUCUAGACGCACUUCGAUUCGCCGCAUGUAUGCGGCUAACUAGAUAUAUUUCCUGAUUCCUCUAUUGCCCUUACAAUAAUUCCAAAGAGAGACCUGGUAUAACAUAGACUUUGGAGGCUGUUAGAGAAGACAUUGUAUAGUAGAAAGGUGGCGAGAUAGUCGUUCCAAGCGAAUCUCGCAGUCAAUUAAUAUCGUAUGAAUUACCGCUUUGCGCAUUCAAACCUUUGCAUUCAACUUCAAUACUGCUUAAUGGGCCGCGUGUUUUGAUACUGAUA